AUGACGGCCGGUCGCAAGAGCCUGUUCAUCUUCCUGAUGAACUUGGCUUGGCGCUGCCGCUUCAGCAUGCCACUGCUGCUGAGCGGCACUGUAGCGGUGCUCGGACACGCCUGGAUGUUCCAGAUCCGCGUGCAUACUGUGCACAGACUCCGCGAGAAUGAGCUCGCUUACUACGAUGAAGACGAUCAAGACGAUGACGAUGACUCUUGGGAAACGGAGUCCACCGAUUCCUGGGAGACCAUAGUGGAAGAGGUCGCGUACGGUUGA